AUGAGUUGCCCCGGAUCCCUUAGAGGUUUCCACAUUCCGCACCUUGCACCGGGAGAGACCCCCAAAAUUCGUGUGGAUAGUGCCUGUAUCGAAUCUCAUCCAGACGCAGAAAUUUCGACCAGUAACAGGUUGGUGGCACCUGGUAAGCGAACGGACAAGAAAGAUAAUGGGUCAAUCAGGACGAACAUGAAACGGAAGGCUAAGUGCAUGGAGGAGGAUUCGUUGAAGGCUAACGGCGAUUUGGCCUUGUUUCCCGGACGCGACGAGAGCUAUCCGGAGGAGUUGAACAGGCUUAUUGGACCACUGAACUGUCAGCUGUGUAAGGUGCAGAUGACCUCGAGGAAGCGCGCCCGGGAUCACUACGAAUCGAAGGCCCACGACCGACACAUCAGCGCCUGGCUGGCCAAGAACUACACGGAGGUGGGUCUGGAGGCGCCUCCAGUGAAGCGGCUGGCCAAGCAAGGACCAACCGGCCCAAACGCCUUUCACUGCGAGCUGUGCAAUCUGGACCUUACCUCCUCUAUGCACGCCCGCCAGCACUAUUUAGGUCGGAAGCACAAGCGUGUGGAGCAGGGCGUCGCGAAGCCCUCCGGAGCCAGGCACUGUGAUACAUCUGUUGGUCGUUACGGCAUAGGGAGUCUGUUCCGCAAGCCGGAAAGUUUAACCAAAGAUUCCCCUACGGACGUAUUAAUAUCAGAGAACAGCGUGAUCAAGUCUGACGAUAAUGAGCGCACCUGCCACCUGUGUAAAAUAGUGGUCACCUCUGCUGCACAAAUGCAGGCCCACUUGGCUGGAGCCAGGCACCAAAAGAACUGGAGGACCUCCCGGCAGGAUCAGAAUCAUUCGGAGGCGCCGAUCCCUGAAACGGAGAAAUUAGAUGCCGCGGAACUGGCCUUGUAUCGCACUCCAAUGGGUCAGUACUACUGCCAGCCCUGCAACAUGAUGAUGAACCAUGAGAGCACCUUGCAACAGCACUUUAUUGGCAAGAAGCACCUGAAGAGGGUAAAAAACCUUUCCCAAACUGAGAAGAACGUGUAAAGAAUUUAUUUGAUAUACCCUAAGCCUAAGCCAUGACUUCCCGUUAGCAGUAAAGCUUCCUUAAUAAUAAUGACAUUCGAGUUUGGGAAACAGCUAUUUUGUUUAAGAAAGGCAUUAUAAAAACCGUAAUUUGUUAUCAUACCCAUUACUCAUAGAGGGGUAUAUUAAACUCGUUAAAAGGAAUACAAAUUUCUAUCGAUAUGCC